AUGAUCGACAACAUUUUGAUUGCGGCCAAGGAGGGCCAGGAGGAGGAGUUUGUGCGCGCGGUACGACAGGUGUUGCUGCGCAUUCGUGCGGCAAACCUGCUGACCUCACCGGACCGCGAGGAACUACUUCGGUAUACGGAUGAGGAACUGUUACGUCUUGCCGAGCAAAACAAUGUAUUUCUUGGCGAAGAGUACAUGUGGAACGGAACCGAGCGGGUGGUACGCAACUCAGUCAAGACGGUCGCGAAGCUAAUGCUGAGUUCGACUCCNAAAUUUUACAUCUCGCUGAUGUUGUGCUUUAGAACACCCAGACACCUUCUGAUUUUGCUUGUAUUUAUGUUCCUCUCUCUAUUGUUUGUCUGA